GCUGCGGCAAUGUUGUUUCAUAAUAUUAUACGGAUGCACAACGGGGAUGAAGGUUGGUUGAAUAGCCAAACAAGUAACAUAUCGCCAGAAACUUUUGUUGAUCUUCCUGGAGGAGACAAUUACUAUAGCAAUGAUGUUGUGUCACUUAAUAGCCAAGUGGAUAAUGGGAACUCUGUUAGAGAUAUGAUUGCAUUGAAUAUGUGGAAUGAUUAUAGUCAACAUCGUUCAUGAUAUAUCAAGAAUGUUUGGAAGAGGAUCUCCUAGGAUGAACUUGAUCCAAGCUGCAACUAUGAAAAAAAUAUCCCCCAGAUCUACUGCUAACAAGCGCAAGAAGAGAACAUCACCAAAAGUUCGUCGUCUUAGAGCAAACUGGAAUAGUGGACUAGAAAAGGGUUUAGUUGAAAUUCUUCAAGACCACAACAAUGACUGUUAUAAGGGCCAAAAUGGGUGGUCAUUGGAAGCAUGGAAUAGAAUUGUCAAGUUAUUCCAUGAAAAAUUCUCUUAUGUCACAUUUACAAAAUGCCAAAUCCAAGAUAAAGAGAAAGAGUUAAAGAGAGACUACAAGGCUCUUAAAGAGGCAAGACAACAAAGCGGGGUAUCAUGGGAUGAGAGGUUGUGUAGAAUAGAAGCAGAAGAACCCAUUUGGAAUAACCUCACCACUAGUAACGAGAGACUUAAGAAGUUUCGGACUAAAUCUUUCCCACUAUUUGAGGCUUUAGGAGAGCUAUAUGAUGGAAAUAUUGCUGAGGGAACCAUGAAUUUUACUUCUAUUGAGCCUUCUCGACCUCCUGUCACACAACCUUGUCAAGGUGCUGCUACACAUCCUUCUCAAGCUGCUUUCACACUUACACAACCUUCUCAAAUCGCUUUCACACAACCUUCUCUAGCUGCUUUCGCACGACUUCUCGAACCGCUUUUAGACAUCCUUCUCUAGCCGCUUUCCCACAGCCUUCUCAAGCCGCUUUUGCAUAGCCUUCUCAAACCAUUUUCACAUAGCCUUCUGAAGCCACUUUCACACAGCCUUCUGAAGCCACUUUCACACAGCCUUCUGAAGCCACUUUCACACAGCCUUCUCAAGCCGCUUUCACACAACCUUCUCAAGCUAAUAUCUCACAAGCCAUUUGUGAUGAAGAUGACGAGCUCAGAGUAUUUGAUCCACCAGCCCCUGCAUCAUUGAGCAAAAGGGCAAAAAAUGUUGGUACUGGUAAUUCAAGAACAAGAAUUAACAAGCGUACACAAGAUGGGAAUGUGGUUGAGAUGAUGGGAGGGUUUCUAGAAAUGAAAGAAAAACAAGCUGAGGCGGAUGAAAGGGCCACAACUAAUGCAAAUGAGGAUGAUUUCCCUAUUCAAACAUGCAUUGCUAUUAUGGAUGGAAUGGAAGAGUUUUCUGAUGAUGAGAAGGUUGAUGCUUAUGAUGUGUUUAAGGAUGCCCAAAACCGGGCCAUUUUCAUGACUGCCAAAGAUGCUACGCGCAUAAAAUGGUUGAGGAAGAAGAUUGCAAGAACAUGAUAUGAUAUAUGAAGCUAAAGUAAUGAAGGAUGAUUUUGUAGUAUCGUCCAGCAUAAGAAAAGAAAGCUGCAAUUUGUGCUAUUGUUAGAGAUGGAUAUUUAACUUUAGCAAUUUGCAACUUUUAAGUAAUCUGUUAAAUUAAAGAUGAGAUCUUGCAGAUUUUUCUUAUUACCUAAUGGAUUCUCUUAUUAGCUGAUUCAAAUCUAAUCAUGCAUAUUGCAGUAAGGACUAUGUAUGUUGAAUCAAUGACUCUGGUUCAAUUUUAAAUAUCACAUGUGUUUUAAGUUUCUUAAUUUUA